CUCCACACCGACACCCGACCGCACCGCCGCCUUUUUAACUCUCUCCUCCAGCACCCGACCAAUCCUAAGUUCCUAACCAGCUGCUGAGCUACCGACCGAGAAAGAGAGGGGAGCGAGAGCAGCUACUGAGCUAGCGAGCAAUGGCGUCCAUCAUCGUGCAAGUGGUAGUGAUCCUGCUCGACCUCAUCGCCUUCGGCCUGGGCGUCGCCGCCGAGCAGCGCCGGAGCAAGGCCACGGUCACCCCCGACGCCGCCAAGGAGUACGACUACUGCGUCUACGACUCCGACAUUGCCACGGGCUUCGGCGUCGGCGCCCUGCUCCUGCUCGCCGCCGCGCAGGUCGUGCUCAUGACCGCCAGCCGCUGCUUCUGCUGCGGCCGCGGGCUCAAGCCCGGCGGGUCGCGCGCAUGCGCUCUCAUCCUCUUCCUCAUCACAUGGUUGACCUUCCUCAUCGCGGAGGCGUGCUUGCUGGCUGGAUCAGUUCGUAACGCGUACCACACCCGGUACAGGGGCAUCUUCUACGGCGAGUCUCUCUCCUGUGAGACGGUGCGCAAGGGUGUCUUUGCUGCCGGUGCGGCCUUCACCUUCUUCACAGCCAUCCUGGGCGAGUUCUACUACAUCAGCUACUCAAAGUCACGCGAUGCUGCUGGUGGCGCUCCGUACGGCGGAUCCAGCAUUGGCAUGGGCCCUUACAACUGAGGGAAUUGCUGAAGGCCGAUGCGGCCGCCAUGGAGUGCAGUGUUCUUGUUAACAUUACCUUAGUGGUUACGGUGUAAUUGGUUACUGGAUUCGCUGUUUCUUUAGGUUCUUGUAUGAGAUUACUCAGUUGGGCUGUAUACUGUUUGGAUUAUUGGAUUGGGUUCUGGACAUGGAAUACACGUAUCGUAGUACGUUAUAUGAUGUUCAUAUGUAUAUCUUUGUCAUGCUUA